AUGGUGCCGAGUGAGCCAACCGAAAUGACGGCUCUGGUGAUUAACACCACAUCUAUAUCCGUCGAAUGGAAACCUCCCAUGAAAGACAAAAACCGUGACUUCAUUAUGGGAUAUCAGAUAUACGUCAGUGGGGAGAAUGGUAGAGAAAAGCUUUCGGUGAAGCCACACUCCCACAGCAUUAUGAAUGAAUCUUCAUGGACUUAUACUGUCACGGAUCUCCAACCAAAUUCGACGUAUCAAGUUGAAGUGGCCGCCAAGACAAGUAAAGGUACAGGUAGGCGGAGUAGCCCCAUCAUCGUGAAUACUCUUGGAGGAGUUCCUUCAAGUCCAACCCUCCAGAUAAGUCUUUCAGCAGAGGAGUCUCCUUAUGUGGUCAUUAAUACAACAUGGACCAAUCCCUCCCAUACCUUUGGGGAAAUUCAGGGGUGGCGCUUGCGUUACUGGAAACAACCCAACUUCUGUGGGAAUUCCUCACAAAAUGAAAUGGAGCAGCUGGAUAUGAAGGAGUUCAUAUUGAACAACUUCGAAAAGAAUGAAUAUACUAUGCACGACCUGGAGAAAGGCUUCAGGUAUGAGUUCCGAUUGGCUGGCCGCAACGGUGGCGGUUAUGGUCAGGAGGGAUUUGCUUAUUUGACAACACCUGAAGGUCCUCCUACUGGACCCCCUACAAAAAUAUCCUUCCGUUUCAUCACUUCAGACUCCGUCCUACUCACCUGGGAUGUUCCAGAGGCCUCUCAUUGCAAUGGACGUAUUCUUGGCUACACUGUUAAGUUCCACAAGAAGUUGAAUGAUGACCUUAUCAGUCAAAGGAAUAUUUCCACGCCGAAGGUAGCCUUGUUGGUAGCGCUGGUUCUGAACAAUUUGGAAGAGGAUACUUCGUACUACUUCCAAGUCCUUGCCUACACCGUGGGAGGCAUUGGCCCUUUCUCAGAGAGGACAUAUUUGAUGACAAUAUCUGAAUUUAUUGGAGCUCCACGUAAUGUUCGUGCCGCAGCAACAUCGGAAGAUUCCUUGGAAGUCUGGUGGGAUGAAGAUCCACAACACAUGUCCGGAUAUAGGAUAUACUACACCAUGAAGGACGACAUGGAUCUGGACCAGUGGAUGCAUGUAGAUACCCUAUGCACGUAUUCAGCCCUGGUGGAAAACCUUCAAAAAUGGACAAGUUAUUCUAUCAAAGUGGCUGCCCGAACCAAAGAAGGGUACUUGGGGAAGCAAUCAGAGAAGAUCCUGGUUUCUUUUGAUGCUGUAAAAGAGUUUGUGAACGACUAUGGAAUCACACAGAGGGAAGUUAUACCUACGAAAAUCGUAUACAAUUCCGAAUCCAUCGGUAAAGUGAUGCCCUUCACGACAUACAGGGUGAAUGUGACUGCCAUACCAUCAGAUCUUGGCUAUCGUCCUGCAUUCAGCACCCAUAUCACCACGGACGAAGAUGGGCGUCUGUAUGUCCGCAAGAGCCGUGCGCGCAUGCGCGGCGCCUUGUUCUGCCUGGUUCCGGGUGUCUAA